UUAUGUCAAUUGUCAUGUCAAUGGUGAUGGUGUAAAUGUCUGAUGUCUAUGUGAGCCACGCCACAGAGAAUCUUGUGAAAAUACUUAUGUAGUUUUAAUAUCUUUAACUUGAAUUAAUUUACUUGAAAACAGUUAAACUUCUAAUUUCUAUAUUAGAAUUGAGUUUAAAAUUUGAAAAUGGCUUCAAAUGAGGGCCGAAGUGUACAGUCAAACUUGCAUCAGCAAGACCUAACCAAACUUGAUGUUACAAAGUUAUCAGCUUUAUCACCUGAAGUAAUAUCAAGACAAGCCACCAUCAACAUUGGUACUAUCGGUCAUGUAGCUCAUGGAAAAUCAACAGUGGUAAAGGCCAUAUCAGGCGUCCAAACUGUCAGAUUCAAAAACGAGCUUGAACGAAAUAUCACUAUUAAAUUGGAGCGCCUGUCGGAAUCUUAUAUAAGAGUGUACCGUGACAUGGCUGAGGAAAAGAGAGAAAAUUUAUUUUACGAAAGAAAAAGAAGAUCCCGGAAAAGAGUGAUGUCACCAGAACCUGAAAUGUUACCUCCAUCAAAGAAACAGAAGAAGAGUAAACAGAAAAAAGAUGAAUUUAUUAUUGAGAAAAUAAUUGGUUUCAAAUUUGAGUCCGGAAAUGAGUAUUUUCAUAUCAAAUGGAAGGGGUGGCCUGAUAGUGAAAAUACAUGGGAACCAAUUGACCACUUGGAUAACUGCCCAGCAAUAUUAAAGAGUUUUUUACUGCAAAAGGAGCUCAGAUAUUGUGAAAAUAUUGAAAAACUAAAGAAAGAAUUAUCAUUUGAUAAUUUAUUAAGCGAAGAAAACCUGCUGAAAAGGAUAGAUGAGGUUGAAGAUGAUUCAGUAUCAAACUUGAAACAGAGUUUAACAAUUAAAUUACUAGCUAUGAUAUUACUACAGGAACAUGAGGAAUGUCAUGCCACAGAGUUGGUUCAGAAUAGUCGAAACUUAUUACAACUGUAUGUAGCAGCAAGAAAACGAUGUCGUCAAAUGAUGGCACUUCAAGAAUGGGAGGAGCAUUUAAAUCAAGUCGAUGAUUGCAAGAGGUUAAGCGUAGAAAAUAAUGUAGACUUUGCUGGCCCACCGGAAAAUUUCACUUAUAUUAAUCAUUCCAUACCUGGUGUUGGAGUUGAUAUUCCUGAAAAUCCACCCAUUGGUUGUGAAUGCACAUCAUGUAACUGUAGAUCAAAAUCGUGUUGUGGCAUGCAAGGUGGUAUCUUUGCAUAUGCAUAUAAUAAAAGAUUACGUAUUGCCUCGGGCAUACCAAUUUAUGAAUGCAAUAAAGCAUGUAAAUGUUCAAUAGAAUGCACCAAUAGAGUAGUUCAAAGGGGAAGAAAUGUUAAAUUAACAAUUUUCCGAACAUCAAAUGGUUGCGGGUGGGGUGUACGGGCAGAACAGAAAAUAAAAAAUGGACAAUUUUUAUGUCAAUAUGUAGGUGAAGUUAUAACAUUUGAAGAAGCAGAAAAGAGAGGUAGAGAAUAUGAUGCUAAUGGUUUAACUUAUUUGUUUGACCUUGAUUUUAAUUCUGUUGAGAAUCCUUAUGUUGUUGAUGCAGCACAUUUAGGUAACGUGUCACAUUUUAUAAAUCAUUCUUGUGAUCCUAACUUGGGUGUUUGGGCGGUGUGGGCAGAUUGUUUAGAUCCCAACCUUCCUAUGUUAGCGCUGUUCGCAACACGUGAUAUUGAGCCAGGCGAGGAGGUAUGUUUUGAUUAUUUACAGAAAUCAUCGGAUUGUGAUGUGGCAGAUGUAAAUAAUUCAACAGAGGUAUCUGACAAUGUCAAUGGGUCUAUAAAUGGAGAUGUUGAUCGGGCAAGUCCAAAUACUGCAGAAGCAAGUAUGGGUAUAACACCUAGUUCUCCAUCUAAAUCGAGGUUUGAGAUUCAACAGCAAAGUAAUACGUCCCUUAAAAAUACAGAAUGUAAAUGUGGGUCACUAAAAUGUUAUGCUAAUGCGAAGAUCUACAAAUGCGAUAACCCGAAGUGCCCCCGACCGACUAGUUACAUAUCUGGGGGGUCGUCUAAGGAUGAUAACUUCCCAUGCCUGCGGCCCGCGUGCACCGGUCGCUUCCAGCUCGUGCGUCACGUCAGCUUCGUCGACUGUCCUGGUCACGACAUUCUUAUGGCAACUAUGCUUAACGGAGCCGCUGUUAUGGAUGCAGCGUUACUACUUAUCGCUGGUAACGAGUCGUGCCCCCAGCCUCAAACGAGCGAGCAUUUGGCCGCGAUAGAAAUCAUGAAGUUGAAACACAUCCUGAUCCUGCAGAAUAAGAUAGACUUGGUGAAAGAAGGGCAGGCGAAGGAGCAGCACGAACAGAUCGUCAAGUUCGUGCAGGGCACAGUGGCUGAAGGCUCGCCCAUUAUACCGAUAUCCGCCCAGCUCAAAUACAACAUUGAGGUUCUAUGUGAAUACAUAACAAAGAAAAUCCCAGUACCGUUGCGAGAUUUCACAUCGCCGCCGCGUAUGAUCGUGAUCCGGUCGUUCGACGUGAACAAGCCGGGCUGUGAGGUGGAGGACCUGCGCGGCGGAGUCGCCGGCGGCUCCAUACUGCAGGGCGUGCUCACUGUAGGAAUGGAGAUCGAGGUGCGGCCGGGCUUGGUGAGCAAGGACGCGGAGGGUCGUCUGACAUGCCAGCCGAUCUUCUCGCGCAUCGUGUCGCUGUUCGCGGAGCAGAACGAGCUGCAGUACGCGGUGCCGGGAGGACUCAUCGGCGUCGGUACUAAGAUCGAACCCACGCUCUGCCGAGCUGACAGACUCGUCGGACAGGUGCUGGGCGCGGUGGGCACUUUGCCUGGCAUCUUUGUGAAGCUGGAGGUGUCGUAUCACUUGCUGAAGCGAUUGCUGGGCGUGCGUACUGAAGGCGACAAGAAGGCUGCCAAGGUGCAGAAGCUUACUCGCCACGAGAUGUUGCUUGUAAACAUCGGCUCGCUGAGUACCGGCGGGCGAGUCAUCGCGACUAAGGCCGACUUGGCCAAGAUCGCCCUCAACAACCCCGUCUGCACUGAAAUAGGAGAAAAGGUCGCUCUCAGCAGACGAGUGGAGAACCAUUGGCGGUUAAUUGGCUGGGGACAAAUCCAAGGAGGAGAAACUAUCGACCCCGUGAAGAACUGAAGCUGUUUAUAGAUCCUUUUAUAUAUUUAUC